UUGUUACCAUUGCAUGACAGUUGCUAUAGCAAAUAGUCGUUAUUAGUCCGGUCGUGUGAUCAAGUGUUGUUUACCUUAUCUCAACUCUAGUUUAUUUCUAUUGUGCAUUUCUUCUUCCUCUCUUUUUUCUUCUGUUGCAAAAAAACAAUGGAUAAAAACGGUGAUCGAGAAAUGAGCAAUCGUCUGUAUUGGGAAGAGCGUAUGGCCCAACAGAUCCGAGAGAAUAGUCAAGAGUUGCGUGAAUUAGAGUCGAGAAUCCGGGCGGCAUACGUAAACAAAUCAUUAAAAGUGCAAUUGGCUGAACGGGAAAAGAAGCGAUUGCAAGAGAAAAUCCAAAUUGAAAAUGAGAUUCAGCUGAUGAAACAGAAAUUAAAUGAUGAUCUUCAAAGAGAACGCAAACAAAAGGAGGAAUUGCGUGUUCAACAAGAAAGACAUCGCCGGGAACUACUGGAACAAAUUGCCGAUAAACAAUUCAAGCGGAAAAUUCUCUACGAAGAAUUUCUCAAGGAAAAAAUUAUCAUCGACGAAAUUAUGGCGCAAAUUGAACGAGAACAAAUUGAGGAAAUCCAAGAGAAAAUCCGAAAAACCGAAUGCUUACGCGAAGAUAUAUUGCAUCUGAUCAAAGAGCAGGAAGAGUGGAAAGAGCAUCAGAAACGUAUUGCAGCCGAAGAAAAUGAGAAAAUCAGCCAGUAUAUGGCCGAUCGUGAGGAACGUGCCAAACGAACGAAAGAAAUUGAUCGGGAAAAAAUGUUGGCCAAACUCGAACAACAGGAGAAAAUGUGCUCCGAAUUGGAUGAGAUGGAGCGUAAAAAAUUGGAGCGAGAACAAUUGCUCAUUGAGCUCAAGUGCAAAGAAGUCCAUGAAAAGCAGUUGUUGUUAGAUAGAAAGCAGCUUGAAGAUCAAAUUCGAAAAAGGCUGAAAACGAAAUUAGAAUUAGAAACGCAAUUGAAAGAGAUUGAAAUGAGAAGACUGCAACGGAAACAAGAAGAGGAUCGAUUCCGUGAUGAGCAGCUCCGGUUAUUGGCUGAACAAGAUCGCUUGGAACUGUUGACGAAGGAACGACAGCGAGUUAAAAAGCAAGAGCACUACCGACGUGUGCGUGAGAUGCUGACAGCGCGAGAAGAAGCUAGACAUGCCAAAAUAUUCGAUCUGAUUCAAGAGCACAACGAACUGAUGGUUUUGGAGAAACGAAGACAAGAAAUUUUUGCAAUCGAACGAAAAAAGAUCUUACAACAGCAUGCAGACGAUAUCAUCGGCUAUUUACCGCAAGAGCUACUUCAUUGAACGAUUUUAUUAGAUAGAAAUAAAUACAAUUUUGUGUCGAUUGACAAAUGAAA